AUGACAGAUAAAUUUGUCGGCAUAUCUUGCAAAAUACGAGAGAUCAUGAUCCGUUCACAGACUUUUAGAGAUUACUACAUACUUUGCCAGGCUGGUCAACCUGUAGACAAAAAAUAUAUAUGCAGAACUUUUGAUAUUCUCAGACUAGCUACUAACAGAAACAACAUUAAUCAUGACUUGGUUGCAUCCUGGAACAGUUUCGCACCCAGAUAUCUGCAAGCCAAAUAUGAUGGCCAGUUGUUUCCUGAUUAUGCUCAGUGUUUAUUAGCUGCUCACAUAGAAAUGGGCACUAUGUAUACAAGCUUGGUAGUAGAGCGUUUCGCGUCAAUUCUGAAACAAUAUCUAUUUUAUUCAUCCGUAAAAGAUAGAGCUGUGAGCCUUGCCUUAAACGAUCAAAGGUCUGCUAUAGGCGCGUUAUUCGCACAGCCGUCUCUUAUUGAUAUCCCUAAGCCAACCACUAAGGCCCGUUUAUCUUCAAAUCCUGGUGUUUACAUACCAGUGCUUAGAAAAAUCGUAAGGCAGUAUGAGAAACUUUACCAAGUUCUCCAGAAAGCUCGGUCACAAUCCCAAGAAUUUCAGGAAGAAGAUCAACAGGAAGCGCUUUCUCAUCUGUUCGUGUUGUUCCCUAGAUCUUUUUUGAAAUAG